AUGUCCUUCUGCAGGAUUACAGGUAAAAGUCGGGGUCUCCCUAGACCAAACUACUUUCCGCUUUUACCACCUAUAAGUCCAGCGGACGCGAAGCGAUUCUGCCGCAUCACUGGCAAAUCUUACGGCUUGCCGACUCAUCAUUACAUUCCGGUGCUGUUGGGCGCGCAUCCUCACGACAAAUCAAAAUGUAAGAUCACGAACGCGUCGGGUCUCGGCGCGCAUCAUUACACCGCCGGUUUGAUUGUCGGCGAAAAGAAGAGACACGUGAUGCUCAAGGACUAUCGCUACGUCUUCCCGAUUUUGGAGGGCGAGGGUGAACAGCAACGUGCAUUGAGAGAGCUUUUAAACACGAAGCAAACACCGAUUGAAGAAGCAGAGAAGUUUGUGUACACGGUGGAAGAACGAAGAUGCAGUCUUGUAUUUCCGGCGAAGUUGGAAGCCGCCGUUAGGGACGGAGACGUCAAAGAUGUAAUGCUUUCGAGAGAUUGUGAUACUGUUUUGUUAAGAUUGAAGCAAGGCAAAAACGUGUCUGUGGAUUUUAAGAACUUAGAGGAUUUCGAAAAUCUUUAUGACGGCAUGGGACCACGAGAAGAGGUGCUGAAGGAACGAGAAAAAUUGGAAAUGGAAGCUAGAAAACGAAAGAGGAAGAAACGGACUGUACUGAAUUAUGCAAAGAAAUUUUUUGAGGAGAAGGAGAGAGCAGCCGAUGAGGAAGAGCUCCAACGUACCAAGCAGCUUAAACUACGAAGCAUCAAAGAAGAGAUCAAGGAGGAAAUGGCAGAAAACUGGAAGCACGUGAAUGUAGAACAAGCGAGACUGACAUCUUUUGAUAUCGUGAAUAUGUCGAGUGCCCUCAAGGAUGUAACAAAACCCGUUUCCAACAUAUUAGACUGGAAUUUAUUGCAGAACGACUUGAAAAAACCAACUGGCGUGCCAAUAAUCGAAAAAAUACCAGUACCUGUAAUGGCUGAGCCACAAAUCAUAGAUCAAGAACCAAUCUUAUACACCAGUCCUAUACCUGAGUUUGUAGGUGGUUUUGAAGCGAUCGCAAUCGUAAAACCGCUGACACCUUUGAUUCCAAAGCCGGAUAUUACAUUGCAGCGUGCGAUUCAAAAUAUCCCACAGGAUGAUCUUAAAGAGAACGCGAACGUGACGGAGAAGCUUUUGCAAGCUGGAGAACAGGCGUUAGAAUGUCUGCCUAAGAUAGAGGAAAUACCCGAACUAGUGCGAAAUCUAUCCACUGGCAAGAAGCUCACGAUGCAUAACGUUAAAGGUCUCAAGCUGGACAUCAAAUCGGCGGAAAGAUUUGUCGCUGGUCAAACGGUGCAUACACCUUCCGGUACUAUUUUCGUGCCUGGUCAAACCUUGCAGACGCCUCAAGGUCCCACCUUCAUUCCCGGAUUAACUCUUAAUACGCCUGAUGGUCCUCUUUUGGUCCCUGGACAGAUCGUGACCGUGAAUGAGUCAGAGGGAGCAAGGACAUCAGUGUUCGUCGCCGGGCAGACUUUAACGACAGAGCGAGGCGAGCGUUUCGUGCAAGGACAGACAUUCCACACAAGCGAAGGAAGCAAGUUUGUUGAAGGUCAGACCGUUCUGACGGAGGAGGGUCCAAAAUUUGUAGCUGGUCAAGUAGUAGCAAAUGGUACCUUCGUCGUUGGUCAAACCGUGAUUACUUCGGAUGGACUACGUUUUAUGGCGGGCCAGACCGUUAUGGAUUGUCAUGGUGAGCCAGUCUUUGUGCCGGGACAGAAUGUGCAGAUCAAUGGCAAGCAUGAAUUUGUACCUGGUCAAUGCGUCGAAUCACCGAACAGCGAAUCCAAGUUUGUUCCUGGACAGACAUUGCUAACAGCCGAAGGUCCGCAAUUUGUUCCAGGUCAAUACGUAACUACGAAAUCAGGCGAGAAACAUUUUGUCCCUGGCAUUACUAGAGAAACAGAGGAUAUCUCAACAUUUGUGUCGGGAAUGACGCUGGAUACCCCGAAAGGUCAGAAAUUUGUUGAAGGGCAGGUGUUAAAGACUCCGGAAGGUGUGGUAUUCUGUCCAGGACGAACCAUUAUCACUGAGAAAGGCUUCGAAUUUAUCGCAGCGAAAAAGUUCGAUGAAGUAAUUUUCCAAGACGCCGGUCCUAUCGGUAUACCUGUGGAUUCAAAGACUGCGAGUGCAAUAUCAACUUUUCAGCAGCGUGAAGUUUUUGGUCACAUGGUGCAGACAGAGAAGGGUAUAGAGUUCUUUCCGGAAAACGCGAGAAAUUUGCCGGAAGGGAGAAAAAUCGUGCCCGGGCAGUUGGUCACCGGUGACAAGGACGGACCACGUUUUGUACCGGGUGUCAUGACAGAGGAUGGCUUCUUACCAGGUCAAAUAGUUACAACAGAGAAGGGUGAGGAGUUCGUGCCUGGUCAAGUAAUUGAUACUAGCAGUGGACCGAAAUUCGUGCCCGGCCAGAUAGUGGAGACCCGGACCGGUCCCAAGUUCGUGCCCGGUCAAACUGUAGAUACGCCGGAUGGACCACGUUUCGUGCCAGGUCAGAUUGUCGAUACCAAAGUAGGACCGACGUUCAUUCCCGGUCAGGUAAUCUACACCGAGGAAGAGGGAUCUAGAUUCGUACCGGGACAAGUGGUGGACACGCCGGAUGGGCCCAGAUUUGUACCCGGUCGCGUGGUGGAGGCAGGCGAAAUGGGUGUGACCUUCAUACCGGGUCAAAUCGUGCAGACGGAAGAAGGGCCUUGUUUCGUCGCCCCUGAUCUCAUUGAUACACCUGAGGGUGAGUUAGAGUUUUCUGUACAGGGGUUCGAAGUUACUCCCGAGGAGCUGCGACUGCUGCGGCCGCAGCAUCUACAUUACAAUCCACGUUUUCGCCAUCGCGGUGAGACCAGCAUAGACUCUAAGAUGUUACACGAACUAUCUGAGGCGGGAUUAUCCGUGGGACGAAAAGUUGCGACGAGUCUACCGACGGUGGACGUGAAUGUGGAUCCGAAAGCAAUGGCUUUAGAGCAGGCUCUCGCCGUGACGACAAAAUUAGGUCUGCAAGGUGGUACGGCGGUGAAGUUGGCGCAAGUCAUGUCGACAAUUGCGCAAUUAGCGAAAAAUAUUGUUCUGCAGCAGCAACAAAAUUUAGACACUGAAAAUGCAAUAAUGUUAACAAACGGUAAUAAAUCGCCUGUUAUUGAAAUUGAAGAAAUAAGGACAAACGAUGAAAACAACGUCGAGUCACUGCAGAGUAUAAUAAGAGCAGCGAUCGCAGCAACUGCCCUGAUAAUAUCAGAUAAUCAACAAAUAACAUUGGAUAAUAGCAACUCUCAAGACUUCGUCUAUUCUUCCAUUAGUGAAUCGUUUAAUAUUCUGUUGCGUCAAAACGAUCAAGACAUUGAUCGAUCGGUGGAUGAAAUUUUAAAAAUUCUCUUAAUUUCGCAAAAUCGCAGUUCUCUUUGCCAAAGCGUACUGUCGGAAUUGUUAAACACCAAGAAAAACAAAGUGAACAUUCUCAAAUCGACCGUGAGUCCAUGCCAGCCGUUGCGGAGAGAUACUAUACUCGAAAAGCUGUCGAUGGUUCUCGAAGAGGAACACGAUACGGAUUUAAUUGGACCGGCCUUUCGAACUGUUUCAAAGAAUGAUCCGGAGCUAGUGUCACUUGUUUUGGAAAAUGUGUCGCGACACGUAGCGAACGUGGCGACUGAGAAGGAAGCUGCGGAGACGGUUCAUAAGGCGAUCGUCUUGGCAGUCCGAGAAUCAAGCAAAAUUCGCGUAACGGAGCUAUUGAACGCCGAGGGAUCGGACGUUCGCGAGAUGUUGCUUCAAGCUGUAGGUUUAGCACGAGCUCUGGGGAUGCCUGACACAGCGAACAGCUUGCUGUCGGUGAUCAGCGACGAGAAAUCUACCCGGGCUCUAGCAAACGACCGGGUGACCAUGGACGUAUUGAAGAGGCUGGUAAUCAUGAGGAAACUCGCAGAAGAACGGCCACCUUUUAUGAAUGCUCUCGGACAGCUAUGCAGCGAUCCCGAACUGGCUAAAACGGAUCCGCGAUUACGAACUCUCGUAAGAGAGAGUGCCGCGUUGAUGAUAGUACCUGAAGAGAUUCCGUUGAUGUCUUCAGCCGACGUUCCAACUGCGUUGCUACGUGCUGAUAACAGCCUGGCAAUGGAAGAGUUCUUAUUGAGAAGAAGUCAUAAGCGGUCGGCUAUUUUCAUGAUUUUGAAACAGGGUAUGCAAGCAGUCGUACCUAGAGAAGCUUCCAGAUCAGUGUUAACCGGUGAAGUCGCCUACACUGUCCUUGAUGAAAAUGGUAUACAUCAUUUCGAACCGUUGCACGUAUUUUCGGCACUCAGACUGAAUCGUCCAGCCGCUCAUCGGUUCUCCAUGUAUUGUUGCCCGGUAGCAAAGGAGGUGGAUAUUGAUGGCGAGAUGAUGUCCACCACCUUUACCGGCACGACAUCGAUUGCGAGUAGUCUGGAUGGCUCUGCCAAUGGUAGUUCCAAUAAGCAAGAAAGUAAUACUGCAACUCUAUCAAAAUCUGAACAAUCGGUUGCUUUUUAUUCAGUCAGCAGGGAGAACACGCCAAGUCUGAAGAGAUUGAACGGUGCUCGACAAUGGUACAACUUCGAGCGGGGAUCUUCGGAAAAUUAUGUCAUUGUGAAGGACUAUAAAGCGGACACCGAUGGAUUCACCGUGAAUGUUGGCGACAUCGUCGAGGCCGUCGAUCAUGACGGUUCGGCAAAGAAAGCGAGGAUCGAUCCCGAUCUGGAAGUCGAAGUUGGCGAUAUCUUGGACAAUUCGGCCGCCAAACACAAGCUUUCGAUUCGACCACGUCGAAAUCAUACAGAUCCGCGUGCUCGAAGCAGUCCGAGCGUCGACUCGGAUUCAAGCCUUCAAAGGAUAUACGUUCGUACCUCCGACGGAAGGCAGGGAUGGUUACCUUCAUCCAUUUUAAUGCAAACGGCGCUUAAUGAAGAGACUUCAUCAAUGAGUCGACCAGAAGAUUCUCAUUAUCGACGAGAAGCUGUUGUGAAAGAGUUAAUCGAAACUGAGGAAGAAUUCGGCAAGGAUAUUCAACUUGUCGUUGAACGUUAUCUGAAGCCUCUCGAUAAUCCUGGCGUUCCGCGAGCUGUGCGAGACAAUAAAGAAGUUAUCUUCACUAAUUUGAAGCAAAUAGCUGAUUUUCAUAAUACAUCGUUCGGCAGGGUGUUGAUCGAGGGUGUCAAGUACUAUGCGGAUCAACCACGUAUGCUUGGCAAAACUUUCUUAAGACUGGAGAGAGACUUUGACAAGCACGUGGCGUACUGCAGGGACGAGCCCGCUGCUCAAGAAUUUCUUCAGGCAAACGACGAAGUACGCGAAUACUUUGAGGAGUUGAGUCAGACUCUGGGUGACGACAAGAGCAUAUCAGAACAUUUGAAGCUACCGAUACAACGCAUAAAUGACUACCAGCUCCUGUUAAAGGAGCUGGUGAAGUAUUCGACUCGAUUAGGUGAAAACUGCGACGAUCUACAAAAGGCAUUAGAGUUGAUGCUAGGAAUUCCUCAUAGAGCAACUGAUAAUAAAUUCAUAAGUAAUAUUGAAGGAUAUAAAGGGAAUAUUCACAAACUUGGUAGAUUACUCACACAUGAAUGGUACACGGUUAUCGAUAAAGAAGGAAAGAGCAAAGAAAGAUACUUGUUCCUAUUCAAAGCACGAAUUCUCAUUUGCAAAGUCAGACGGAUAUCGGAGGAUAGAUCAGUUUUCAUCUUAAAGGACAUUAUUCGAUUACCGGAAGUAGAAGUGAAGGAUCAUCCCGAUAAUAUACGAUCCUUUGAACUACAUAAUCCGACUGUAUCCAACUACCCCAUCACUUUAGUAGCUCACAAAGACCCCGUAAAGGCUUACUGGCUCAAAGAAAUUCGUCAGUACGCCAGUGAUUUGGUCGCUCUCGCCGAACAUGCAGCAGAUGAUCUUCAAGUAACCGAAGAAGUACCGGAAGGCAAAGAAGAGCUCAAGAGCGACGAGAAACCGGUAUUGGUGAAAAUCGAACCACCUCAAGCGAAUCCAGGAUUGCUUAAAGCUCAGAGUAAUCCAACGAAAGUAGAAGCAAAUCCAGGUCCACCAAAAAUAGACGCGACUAAAGAAUCCACGAAAGUUGUAGAAAAGAGGAAGGACUCCGUGAGCACGACCAAUACAUCGGAAAUAAAGAAGACUAAGAUCGAAGAAGAUCAAGCAGAAAUGUCCCGAAGAUAUUCCGCGAGUCGGUACAGCGCCUCUUCGAAAGUUGUGGAAGAGUAUUCAUCGAUAUCGAGCAGUCGUAAUGGCGCGUCCUCGUACAUGGAAUCGGCGGCGUCCGCUAUCGAGACGAGAAUGUCUUCCUCGUCGCAAGGAAUGGGUCGGACAUCGGAAGUCAUGACUUCCUACGAGACUGCGAUUGCCGGUGGUAGAGCAACGGAUUCGAAUGUCGAAAGCAGAACUGCCAAAAUCAUUCUUGACACUGAUGUUGGCAAACCGGUGUUUAUCAAGAUGAUAGAAGGAUGCAAUGUAGAACCGAUGCAACCAAAAAAGGCAUUGAUACACGCCAUAGCCGGAGAAGUUGCUACUUUCGAGUGCACGAUGUUAACUAGCGAUUCGACCGUGAGGAUACAAUGGUUGAAGGAUAACAAACCGAUGGAGGACAAGUUGGCUGAUCGUGUCACCACUACGUUGACUGACAAUAUAUGUAAACUUGAGAUCCAGAACGUUCACGAAUCAGAUUCCGGCAUAUACAUUGCACGUGCUCUGAACGUAAACGGUGAAGCAACGUGCACUGCUCAAUUAGUGGUUCAACAAUUGAGUCCGGAAGAGAAAAUAGCAAGAGCAGAAGCAAACUCUCCUAUAUUCUUGGUGCGCCUGAAAGAUACCGAGCUCCUCGAGAAUACCUACCUACGUUUUAUGAUUAAAGUCAAAGGGGAUCCUAAUCCGGAAAUAAAGUUCUUCAAAGACAGUACUUUAAUUGACGCAAAGUACGAACGUGUGAAGAUCAUUCGAGACAACGCCGAAAAGGGAUUUUAUGAAUUAGUGAUUGCUGAUGUUCAGAAGCAGGACGCUGGAAAAUAUUCAUGCACAGCUAUGAAUCGCUAUGGCGAAGCCAUGUGCGAGGCGGUAGUGACAGUGACCGAUGAAAAGCCACUUUUCCAAGGUCUUCCUGAAGGUCUCCUUGAGCUUGGAACUGAGCCACGAUUUAUUUGGACGCGUGACGGACAGACGUUUGAUCCUGAGGAGAGAUUUAAAGUUCUCUUCAAGGAUAAUGAAGACACUCUGGCAUUAGUGUUUCAGCAUGUGAAACCCGAGGACGCUGGUCUUUACACAUGCGUGGCGCAAACCAGCACAGGUAACAUUAGCUGCAGUGCAGAGCUGACAGUGCAGGGUGCUGUGAAUCAAUUGCUGAAGGAUCCAGAAAAACCGAAACUUCAAACAGAAUCGAAGCAAUCCGAGGUGAGCGCCGGUGGCUCUGCGAUGUUGGACCUGCAGGUGAAGGGAUAUCCCAAGCCGGAUAUCAAAUGGACCAAGGACGGUCAGGAGAUUAUAGCUGGUGGUAGAAUUAAGUAUCUCUGGGAAGAUGAGGAAUCGUUGUCAUUAGUGAUUAAACAAGUUACCGCUAAAGACGCUGGAGUUUAUACCAUCAGGGCAAAGAACGAUCUCGGAGAGGACAGUACACAGAUCGAGCUGAUUGUGAAAUCUGCGCCAAAGAUCACGAAGAAACAGUCUGAUAUGAUGAUUAUGAUUGAAGAGACAGGCACGAUGACCGUACAAGUGGAGGCUACUCCGGCACCGGAAGUGACUUGGUACAAGGACGGUCAGUUGAUUGAGGAGAGCGAUCGUAUCAAGAUCAUUAAAGAGAACAGCGACACAUACAAGCUUGUAAUAAAAAAUGCCAAAUUGACUGAUGCUGGUUCAUACUCGAUUGUUGCGCGAAACGAGAUCAAUCAGACAACUGAGAUCUGGAAGGUCGGUAUCAGAUGCCCACCGAAGAUUAAGAAGAGAUUGGGCGAGCCACGAGUAAUUAACGAAGGCGACACAUUGAAUCUCUUGAUUGAGGUAGAGUCUGAUGGAGAACCAACAAUCAAUUGGUACAAGGACGGACAGCUUUUGACUGCGAGCGAUCGCAUGAAGAUGACGAAAAACGGAAACAAUUAUAUUCUCACAAUCAGCGGUGCAAAAGUAGAAGAUGCGGCGAUUUACAAAGUCGAAGUGGUGAACAAGCAUGGAACGAUUUCGGACGAGACGAGAAUCAGGGUACGCGGUAUACCGAGAUUCAAGACGAAAUUGUGCGAUAUCAGUGCAAACGAGGGCGAGUUGAACGUCGAAUUUGUGGUCGAGGUCGAAGGCUUCCCGAAGCCAAGUGUGCAUUGGUUUCUGGGCGAUGUUGAAAUCACAGAGAAGCGCACAGAGUACACCCGCGUAGAAGAAGGCGACAAUUACAAGCUCAUCAUUAACGAACUGAAAACCGAGUUGAAGGGCCAUUAUACUUGUAAGGUGCAGAAUGAAUAUGGUGAAAACUCGAGUAGUUCCAAUUUGACAGUAAAUACUCGACCGAAGCUUUUGAAGAAAUUAGCAGACCAGAGGUUAAAAGAGGGUGAAACGCUGAAGUUGACGUUUGAAGUAUCCGGCACACCGGAUCCGGAAGUCAAGUGGUACAAGGAUGGCGAGGAAGUGACAGCGGAUGCUAGAAUCAAAAUCACUAGGAACAGCCAGCGCAGUGAGAGCUAUGAUUUAACGGUGACGUUACUAAAGGGUAGCGACGGAGGCUUGUACGAAGUGCGGGCAGAAAACGAGUUGGGUUACGUCACCAGCAAGAGUAAAGUCAUCGUGUUGACUAAGACGGAAGAUGAGAAGGUAAAACCUCCGAAAGAAAAAACCGAGGAGGUGAAGAUAGCAGAAACCCAGACGAAGAAAUUGAUAAAGGAACAAUUGCCACAGGAAGAGACUCUGCGCACUGAAGAGUCGGGAUUGGAAGGUCGUGUCAAAUUGGAGAAACAAAACAUCCAAGUAAUUCAAGGGGACAAUGAAACAAUCACGAUCUCUGUGGCCUCCACGACAUCACACGAAGCUAUACUUACAGGUCCCGGUGAAAGUCACACAAUCAGCAAGAUGACAGCAACCAAAGUCGAGUGUCGGGAAUUCGGUGUUGAUUCGGGACCCCGCGUUGAGGAAAUCGCUUCUUAUGCUUACACCGUGCAAGAAGAGAAUUCUAAACCACAAAACGGUGUGUUGAUCGAGGAGUUCUCCGAAACUGAAGAGAAGAAGUCAAAUUUAGGUGUCAAUCAAGGCGUUACAAUUGUUUCCGUUUCCGAUGACGAAUCGACUUUGAAAGCACUAUCGCGAGAUGUUAGCACGGAGGAUGUUCAAUUGGCUGAUCAACUCCCGGAGGAUCAGAAAACAACGAAUGGUAUUCUCGAUGAGAUUUCCUUCAAUGAAACGCCAGAAAAACAAAAAACUUUUGAAGAUAUUAAGUCACAUAGAAUCGCCAGAAUUACCGAAACCAUCGCUGAGGAGCGAUCCUUGGAAGAAUCGUUAUCGGCGACUUUGUCGAAUCAAACUUUGAAGCGAGAAAGUCUGGAUGUGAAGACAAUAAACUUGCCCAGUCAAAGUUCUACAAUUAGCGAUACAAGUCCGGUGAAAAAGGUCGCGGAAAAAACUUUAGAUCGACCAAACUCAGCUGUCGAAUUAUCGAAGGACACCGCGAAGCUUGAGAAGACAAAAGCUUCGGCGAUGUCAAGUGAAACGCUGUCGAGACAGAGUUCUCAGAAAGCACAACUUGAUGAUGAUGAUGACGAGGAGAUCGAUGAGGAGAUGAAGGAUCUUUUAGCUCGAGUUAAACGGCAACGUAGCGUAUUAGAUGAAAUCCUCGAUAAAGAAUCGGGCAAAGAGUCAGCUCCGCCUCACGUCGUGAGCACAGAUCUCACCGAUCGAAUGAUCUUCGAGACACAGAACACGAAGUUUGAGGUGAAGGCCACUGGUUUACCAAGACCAGACGUGAAAUGGCUUAAAGAUGGUAAGGCUCUUCGAUCCGGGGAACGAAUAAGGAUCACAACUUCAGGGGAAUUGUACGAGAUGGAUCUCAGCAAGGCCACCCUCGAAGACGAGGGUCUUUAUUCGUGCGUUCUGACGAACAAAUUGGGCGAAGAAGUCAUAGACGGCUACCUGACUGUUGGAACUGUCGACGAGCUCCGAAAACCGAGAUUUACCGAACCUCUCAACGAUGUCGAUGUUGCCUUUGAGGCUAACGGCGAAUUUAAAGCUGUCUUUACAGCUGAUCCGGUCCCGGAUGUCACAUGGUAUUACAAAGGUAACGAAAUUCCGCCUGAUGAUUCUAGAAUUAAAGGAAUUAUUGCUAACGGACCAGCAGCGGAUAAAUUGACAGAAAGUAAAGUCACAUUGAAAGUCCCAAAAUGUACCAAAGAAGAUACUGGAGAAUAUACUUUGAAAUUAAAGAAUAAGUGGGGUGAAGCCGAAAGUAGCGCAUUCUUGAGUCUUUUAUUGAAACCGGAAAUUGACAGCUUUAGAGAUCAUACUGAAUCAGUUGACGAGCGAGUUGAAUGGCAAGCUGUGAUCAAAGGAAAUCCGAAACCCGAUAUUAAAUGGAUGAAGGACGAUAUAGAGCUGCAAAAAGACGAACGGUAUGAUAUUGAAGAAGAUAAGAGAAAUUGUAAAUACAAACUCAUUAUUAAGAAGCUCAGUCUAGAAGAUAAGGGCAUCUAUACCGUUAUGGCAAAGAAUUAUUUGGGUGAAACAAGUGCUCAAGCUACUCUCACACCUCACACUGAAGCUCCAGUCUUCUUGAAGAAUUUGUCGAAAAUGCAAUGUAGUGAUCGCGAGGACAUCGAAUUGAAGAUACGCGUGACUGGCAUUCCGAGGCCUAGCGUAGAAUGGUUGAAGAAUGGUGAGAUUAUCAAGGAAGAUGAAAGAUACCAGGUGACGACUCACGUGGAUGGCAUAGUGGACAGUAAUCUUUUCAUCAAAACCUUCUCUGCAAAAGAUGUCGGUACAAUAACAUGUAAAGCGAGUAAUGUCGCCGGAAGCGUGCAAACCAACUGCGAUCUAUCCAUGACAUUGACCGCACCUUCGUUUGGUAAAGCGUUACCGAGAUCAGCGGAAAUCGACGAGGGCGAGCCUCUAGAGCUGAAGGCCAAGAUAGAUGGUAGCCCGAUACCCAACGUCGCUUGGUUCAAGGACGGUGAGAAAAUCACGCCAGACGAUCAUGUGAAGAUCAGCACUUUGCCGGACGGUACUACAAAGCUUACGAUUGAUGUGGUAAAACCCACCGAUUGUGGUGCCUACAAGCUCGUCGUUACAAAUCCUAGUGGUGAGAAUUCUUCGCUUUGCGCUGUCGCUGUCACGCCUGAACGAAGGAGGCCAUCAUUCACGAAGCCACUGGAAGAUACAAAAGCUGUGGUUGGGCAACCAUUGAAAUUAGAAGCUCAAAUCUUAGCGUUCCCAAAUCCGCAGGUGCAAUGGUUCAAAGACGGAAUACCAUUAAGACAUACAAAGGAAAUGUAUUUCACCAACGAACCAAACGGUCUUAUCGGAUUGAAAAUGGAUUAUGUACGUCUAGAAGACGCAGGGACCUAUUCGGUGAUUGUAUCCAACGCACUCGGUGAAAUCACGGGUACGGCUAAGGUAGAAGUGGAAGAACGAGAGAAGAGACCAGAAUUUGUCGCGAGUCUUCAACCACAAACCGUUGUUGAAGGUUUCCCGGUAAAGAUGGAAGUGAAAACUAUAGGAAAACCAACGCCCGAACUCCAAUGGCUACGAAACGAUGAAGAAAUUAUCCCGGACAAUAAACAUGUAAAGAUCGUUAGUCAACCGGAUGGUAGUCAAGCUCUGAUUCUCGAUAAGGCAACGCCAGAAGACGUCGGCGUGUAUCAGGUAGUAGCUGGCAACACGGAAGGCACUGCGUCCUGCAAAGCUAAGCUGGACAUUGCUGGCAAGGUGAGACCGGACACGCCGGAGGAAAAGCCGACAUUCACUAGUCCCAUGCGUGAUAUAUCUGUCGAGGAGGGCCAGCCAUUAACGCUGGAUGUGUCAUUUGCCGGCAAUCCAAUUCCCAACGUAAACUGGACAAAAGAUGGUGAACCGAUCGAGCCAUCGGAACGUGUGACGACGAGCUGCGACGGGAAGAAGGUCGGUCUACAAAUUGAUUCGUGCAAGCCCAAAGACGCGGGCAUCUACGGCUGUCGGCUAAGCAAUCCAUUGGGUGAAGAUACCAUCAGCGCAAAUGCCAUUAUUCGCAAAGUGUAUCAGUCACCAACCUUCACACAAAAGUUUACGGAUCUACAACAGCUGCCCACGUUCGACGCCAAGUUCCCGGCCCGUGUAACUGGCAUACCGCAACCGGAAGUGACCUGGUAUUUCAAUGACAAGCCGAUUCUAAGGGACAACGACAAAUACAAGAUAAAACGCGACGGUGAUGCCUGCUGUCUGUACGUGAAGGAUUGUGCAGACGAUGAUUCAGGACGGUACAGAUGUAGAGCAGUUAAUAAGGGCGGCGAAGCGGAAUGCGCAGCAAAUCUAGCUAUAGUUGAUAAAAUCCAAAAAAUGCAGAAGGUCGAACCGCCGACAUUCCUGAAGAGAAUUGGCGAUUGUGAAGUCUACAGAGGUAUGCCGGCCAAGUUCACCGCGUGCGUCACGGGAUAUCCGGAGCCUGACUUUGAGUGGUACCGUAAUGGUGACCGGAUUUGGCCCACUGAUCGCAUCAGAAUGGACCAGGAGGGUAGUUUGUUGCGGCUUAUGGUAGUUAACGUGGAUGAGUUGGAUGCCGGAAAAUACGUGCUGAAGAUAUCUAAUCCUCAUGGUGAGGAUUCGUGUAGCGCCGAGAUGAUUUACGAAUCUUUGGAACCACGCGCAAAGAAACCUCUUGCCGAUCAGUACGCGGAUUACGAUAAAUACCAAAAGUCCGGCAUUCCGUUGCCUCUGGCAGACCGCCCAAUCAUUAGCCGCAUGAUGGAUCGACAUCUUACUCUAUCGUGGAAGCCAUCCAUCCCGAUCGGGCCGCGAAUACCUGUAACCUAUUUGGUGGAGAUGUGCGAACUCCCGGAUGGCGAUUGGUUCACCGCUCGCAGUGGUAUUCGCAGCUGCGUCUGCGAUAUUCGCAAUCUCGAACCGUUUCGCGAUUACAAAUUCCGCAUUCGCGUGGAGAACAAGUACGGCAUAAGCGAUCCAUCGCCGUUUGCACAAACUCAUCGUGCUAAAUUAGAACCGGAACCGCCCAAGUUCUUCCCGUAUUUACCUCCUGGUAUUGACUUUCGUCCAGAGACUAGUCCCUACUUCCCGAAAGAUUUUGACAUCGAGCGACCUCCGCACGAUGGUUAUGCUCAGGCGCCUAGAUUUUUGCGUCAGGAAUACGACACUCAGUACGGCGUGAAAAAUCACAAUUGCAAUCUCUUCUGGUUCGUUUAUGGCUAUCCCAAACCGAAAAUGACUUAUUACUUCAAUGAUCAACUGAUUGAAUCGGGCGGUCGAUACGAUCAGAGUUAUACUAGAAAUGGCCAGGCGACUCUAUUCAUCAAUAGAAUGCUUGAGAGAGACGAGGGUGUUUAUGAGGCCGUUGCUACAAAUGAACAUGGCGAGGCCAGGCAAAAAGUUAUUUUAAAAAUCGCUGAGUAUCCCACAUUUAUCGAAAGACCCGAAGAGGCUGUUGUGAUGAUGAGAAGAACCGGCCAAUUGACUGCUCGCGUAACUGGCGUGCCUUAUCCGGAGCUUAAGUGGUACAAGGACUGGAAACCUAUAGCUUCAUCUUCCAGAAUCAGAGUUCAGUAUACCGAACCCGAUAUUACGACUCUCAUUGUCAACGAUGCCAUUGUGAAGGAUGAGGGUCUUUACUCGAUCAGCGCGGGUAAUGUGGCCGGCUCGAUAUCCUGCUCGGUGAUGUUGCACGUGGAGGAGAACGAGCACGAAUAUGGAUACAGAACAUAUAGGAAGAAGAUGGACGUGAAACCACGCGAUAAGCCGUUUGACGAUUUGUAUGAUUUAGGUGACGAGCUAGGUCGCGGCACUCAGGGUGUGACUUAUCAUGCAGUCGAACGGAGUACCGGAAGAAAUUAUGCUUCUAAGAUUAUGCACGGACGCGGUGAUCUCAAACCAUUCAUGUAUAAUGAAAUGGAAGCAAUGAACAACCUGCAUCACCGUAAAUUAUUACGAUUGCACGAUGCCUUCGAAACGGACAAUUCGGUUACUUUGGUCACGGAAUUAGCGGCCGGUGGCGAAUUAGUGGACAAUCUCACAAGACAAGAACAUUAUACUGAAAUAGAUAUCGCUCGUUAUAUACGUCAAUUGUUAUGGGGAUUGGAAUAUAUGCAUGGAAAUCAUUACGCACAUCUCGGUCUGACGCUCGGCGAUCUACUAGUUUCUCAUGUUGGAGGAGAUGACUUGAAGAUUGGAGAUUUUGGAUUAGCUCGCAAAAUUUCGCAAACAAAGCUGAUGACCUUGGCAUACGGUAUGCCAGAAUACAUUGCACCGGAAGUAACUAAUAACGAAGGCGUUAGCUACGGCGCAGACAUGUGGUCUGUUGGCAUAAUUACUUACAUUUUGCUAUCGGGUAUCUCGCCAUUUAGAGGUACGAACGAUAGAGAGACGCUGAAGAAGAUUAGAGAAGGCAAAUGGGAUUUCGAUGACCGAUGGAAAAAUAUCUCGAACGAAGCACAGGACUUUAUUCGUAGUCUAUUGGUGUACAAUGUCGAUAAAAGAAUGGAUGUUAGGACUGCUUUGGUUCAUCCAUGGUUUAAUUACAUCGACAGCUCGCCACCAGAACCCUACAGGAUACCUUCCGAAAAUUUGAAGAAUUAUUAUAAACUUUAUCGCGAUUGGUACAGCAAUGCUUCGUGCCGCACGUGGUACCGUAGAAGCAAACUGGAGACAGCAUUUGACGAUCCUUCACGAAUGGUAUAUCCACCCGGACAUAAGUUCACACCUGAACCUGACAGGAGUCACAGUCCGUUAAAGAAACGUUCGCCUAGAACAUGGGAAAAUCAAAUACCAUCUAGGGAACCAAUUGACACAGAAAUCGGAAUAAUCACGAGUGAAAGCCACUAUCAGAACGGUCCGGAUACAUAUCUUCUUCAGUUGCGAGAUACCGAUUUCCCAGUACGAUUACGCGAAUAUAUGAAAGUUGCGUGUAAUCGUAGCCCCGGUUUCUCACGUUCUAUUACCGAAGAUAACGGCUUUGACUGGAGGGCACCCAUCAUACGAGAACGUCGUCGAUUCACAGAUGUUAUGGAUGAGGAGAUUGACGAUGAAAGAAGGGCACGCAUUAAUCGAUACGGAUCUGCGGACACGUUUACGCUUAGACGUUUAAAGAAUGAACUAGGUACUCGGUUAGACAGUUAUGCUGAAGCUGAGGCGAUGAUCGAAUCGAGGAAGGAUGGUCAGCCUCCGUUCUUCCGCGAAAAGCCGCAGAUUUGCCCGAUCGAAGAGGGAAAACCGGCGCAUCUCACCUGUCUGGCUGUAGGAAAUCCGAAACCACUGAUACAGUGGUUUAAAAACGAUAUGGUCAUACAAGAGAACAAUAGGAUCAAAGUGACAGAGGACUCUGACGGAAGAUCUAUACUUAGUUUUAAUCCUACAAAGGAGCAUGAUAUUGGAAUAUAUAAAGUCGUGGCAAGGAACCCGAUAGGACAAACGAUCGUUAGGACCAGGGUAUUACAGGCAACGGUUUCUUGCGGUCCAGAUUCUCCAGAGGCUACCGAUGUUUCGGAUACCGAAGUUCUCCUGCGAUGGAAGCAGCCGAAGUAUGAUGGCAACUCGCCCGUGCUAUGCUAUAAUUUACAGUACAAGGAGGGUGAUUCAAUUGCAUGGAUAGAUGUUGCCUUCAACAUUGACCACGAAUUCUAUCUGGUGCGCGACUUAAAGCAAGAUACGAGUUACAAUUUUCGUCUGGCAGCGCGUAACCGCAUCGGUUGGAGCGAAAAGGGCAUUCCGUCGAAGUUGAUAAAGACGCGACCGCCGGGUUGUCCCAAAGUACAGAUUACGCGGGCAAUGAGACAUCUCCAAGAGCUAACAGAAGCCGGCCAAGAGAUUGUCCUGGAAGAGGACAAGCCACACAUCGAUUACUCUAUAGAGGAGAAUCCGAUUGGAUGGUUGGUGGAACCGCAAUUAUCCACCAAGUAUAGUUUUAUCUCGGAGCUGUCGCGCGGACAAUUCUCCGCGGUAGUGAAGGGUGUGGAUAAGAGCACGGAUCGCGUGAUCGUUGCCAAGAUCUUGGAAUUAAAUGCCGAGACGGAGAAACAGGUGAACCAGGAAUACGAAGUAUUACGUUUACUACGACACGAACGGAUAGCCAUGCUGGAGGCUGCCUACAAAGCGUCCAACUCGCCCGUGGCAGUGUUUAUCAUGGAGAAACUUCAAGGUGCCGAUAUACUCACGUACUUCUCCAGUCGGCACGAGUAUACAGAAAACUGCGUGGCGAAUGCUAUUACGCAGAUUCUCGAUGGUCUACAGUAUCUUCACUGGCGUGGAUACUGUCAUCUAAAUAUUCAGCCGGACAAUGUUGUCAUGUCAUCUGUGAGAUCAGUUCAGGUGAAGUUGGUCGAUAUGGGGUCAGCUCAUAGAGUCAGCAAAUUGGGCACGAUGGUGCCCAAGCAUCUGGGUCAUCCUGAAUACAGAUCGCCCGAACUCUACAACGAUGAACCUGUCUACCCGCAAACGGACAUCUGGAUGGUCGGUGUGUUGAUCUAUGUAUUACUAUCUGGAGUUUCUCCGUUCCGUGGUAAGGAUGUGGAUGAGACCAGACAGAAUAUAUCCUUUGUCAGAUACAGAUUCGAGUAUCUUUACAAAGAGCUGAGCCAAGAGGCCACCAGAUUUCUCAUGUUGGUCUUUAAACGCGCACCAAGCAAAAGACCUUUAGCGGAAGAAUGCCACGAACAUCGAUGGCUACUGCCGACUGAAUUUAUGAUUAAAAAACGCGAGAGGGCUGUGUUCCUAGGCAACAGAUUGAAGGAAUAUAAUGAAAAGUAUCACGAAGAAAAAUUGAAAAUAGCUUCCGACAGUGAUAGCCUAGGGAGUGAGAGUUUACUGGGUUCCAAACAGAAACUCAUCAGGUCAACCAGUAUACAAGAAGAACUGCGGACCACGUUCUAACGAUGGAAAGCUGCAAUUUUUUAUUUAUAUUUAUGUACACAUACACACACGCACACGCACAACAUGCACUGACACGUGGCCGUACUACUUCUCGUACAUGCCUAGUCUAUAUCUAAACAGCGCGGAGGAACGAGAAAUGAGAAA